GGUGCGGGCGGGUUUCGUCGUCGUUGUGUCACGCGGCCGGCCGAGCGGGCCUGUUUUUCGUCGCCGGCCUGUCGGUCUUCUCCCCCCGCCCAAUUCAACCAUCUCCCUCUCCGCCAGCCUUUGCUUCCCGGCUGAGGCUUCCCUCUCGGCUCUCUUUGCCCUCCCUCUCCGUCAUCCCGCAGAGUCUGAUGGAUGCGGCUCUGAGCACCAAGGCGAUCCUGCGAACCAACCUGCAGCUGCUCGGCCUGAAGGACCCGGACGGAGCCAUCUACACCAAGCACGAAUGGACGACCAAAGCCGCCGAGACCGUCAUUUGGUUUCUUCUCUCGAACCUGGAUGAGCCCAAGGCCAAGGAGCGAUUUUCAACCUGCUACCCGGUCCUGGAUCGUCUGCAGUCUCGCGAGUUUCGAAACCAGGCGUUCAAGUGGAUCGAAGCCCUCAAGCGGGACGGCGAGCUCUGGAGCGACAUUCAGAUCCGAAAAUCCUAUUUCGACGAGUACCGGGGCGAGCGAUUCGAACGGGCCCUGCUGUCGCUCUCCUGCACGGUGCUCCGGAAAGCCGUCGGCAAGGACAAAGAGUUGCAGAUGGACGCUCCUCCGGUCUUGUGCGAGUCCAUUGUCAAGAAGAGCCCCCUGGUCCAACAAGCGUACAUCCGCUCGCUCAAGACCCAGAUCUGUGCUCGCUCGUCCGAGUUCUUGGUGGUGGCCCAACACCGCAAGCAGCAAAUCGAUGAGUGGAACGAGCUGGCGGAUAAAAUGAAGAACGAGCUGGUGGCGACCAACAUUGAACUGGGCAAAGUCACCCAGCACCGUGCCAUGAUCAAGGCUCGAUACUCUGCCGGCCAGAUCGAAGAAUGGAAGCGGACGCAGGAGGCCAGGGUGGGGACGGUCCGAAGCACCUGGAAGACGAUGGAGACCUGGAAAAAGUACAACGACGAGAUCAUGAAGGUCAUCCCGACCUUCCUCGACGCCAAGACCAAGCCGCAGCUCGACGGCGAGCAGCUGAGGGUGUGCAUCCCCGACACGGUCGCGCAAGUGAUCCACCCGACCCUGGCGGCUGGCGGAAUAUCGACCUACCAGGAUGGGAAGCUGGAUCUUGUCGGCGUCGUGAAGCUCUCGACUGUGGUUCUAAACCACGUCUCUGGGUCGGUCGCCCAGGCGGCCGAGGGUGGCCAGUCAAGUGUCGACUCACUGACUCCCCAGAUAGCACACCGUGCCGGAGAGCAAGAAAUGCUGCUGAAAACCGUGCGCUCGCUGAAAUCCAAGCUGGCGGACCGCCUGGCAGAGCUGCAAAGCUCCAUCUCGGUCAAGCGUGAUCUAUGCGAAAGCCAGCACGAGUUCACCACCAAGAGCGAUCUGUGUUUGACGAGCCCUCGGAAGCCCUGGAGCAUCCGACGAGCCAUUCAGAAAAAAGCUGCCAUGGACAAAAAGUCGAUCGUGCAGCCGUCGACACCAACGAUCGCCCGCAUCGACUCGGGAGCGCUAUCGACUCCCGAGGGCAUUGCCAAAGCCCGGCGAGAGAUGCAAGCCAACAUCGGCGCCAAGAUCGACAUGGACUUGCAGCUCGAGAUGGAGCGCAACCGCAACCGUGCCAAGGUGAUCCAGCAGCGUGUGCUGCAGGAGCUUCGUCGCAGCAACUCUCACCUAGGGACAAAGGCUGGGCACUCGCGGAUACCGCCGCCCAUGUCCAAUCUCUCCAGCAAGCUCUCGGAGCUCUCGAUGGCCCGUAUCACAGACGAAGACGAAGACGAAAACGAAAACGCUCCGCUCGCGGAUAAGAGACGCCUGCCAGUCUCCAAGAAGACAGCGGCCAGCGGCCCCAAAUCCCCUUCGAGACUUCCCAGCAUGAGCAAACUUCAGGUCCCCACCCGCGGCGCCAAGACCGGAGCCAACUCGCAAUCACUCGGACAGCCCAAGUCUGGAUCUGGGUUGGCUACUCAAAGCUCAGAUCGAGAAGGUCGCACCAAGGAGGGUCGUCCAUCUGGAAAGUCCGCGACGACAAAGCCGCCGACGACAGCGAUGAUGACGAUGAUGGAGCCUGUUGAUGGAGUCGUCACGCCGACCAAGCCAAAGCCAAAACGAUUUUCGUCUCACAUCGCAGUUCCAUCGCCACAUGACCAAGGGGCUCGGCUUUUUGAACCAACGUCGCCAGGGUCGCCCGUUCGCAAAAUGGACCGGCAGAUCGAAGAGCUAUGCGAUGAGAUUGUCGAUUAUGCGUAUGAUGAGCAGUCCGAAAUCAAGCCAUUUGCCCUCGACCGGAUCUCGCGGUUCAGUCUGGGCAGACCGGAUACCGUCCAGCAGAAAGGUAGCCAUCGGACAGAUGUCGACGCUGCUCCUCUCGCAGUCGAUGCCACGCCAAGGGCCAGUCGCUUGCCAGUCUCGACUCUGGCGAGCCCGACGCUCGAUACUAGCUUUGACGACAUACCACUUCUGGCUUCCGAAACGCCAGUGAAGUCUUUCACGGUUUCGAGCGACGACGAUUCCUUUGAGGCAGACGAAAGCCAUCUGAAGACCCCGGUCUCGGCGAGCAAAAUCGCCAAACCCUACUUUUCGCCUCUGCUCAGCCCGUCAGUGUUGAUAGCGCGCCAGGACAAACUGGUCGCUGCUCGCACUGCCCAAGCUACCGAAAAGUCGCACAUGGAUGCAGAUGUAGAUACGAAUAUGGAUAUGGAUAUGGACAUGAGCAUGGACAUGGAUGUGGGGGCGGCCUCUGGAAACGGUGCGCCCCACCUCCAAUUCCAGUUCCAGCCCGUCCACCCCAUCGCUCCACCGCAUCACCAAAAUGACCAGAUUGGCGGUGGAGACCCCGAGCGAGACGACGACGGCUCGGAUCACGACGACGACGCUGCGGACUAUGAGUUCGUGGACGACGGCAACUUUGUCGAUGAGUACGACCUGUCGACCCCACAAGAGCAUCUGAUCGACAUUGACUACGAAGCGGACGACCUUGGCGCUGAGCCCAUCCUUGUCCAGCAGACCGCGACUGGAACCGCCAUCGCUGUCAGCGACGAUGUCGGCGCUGUUGCCAACACCGAUGCCGAUGUCCAUGUCGAGCAACUGGGACGUCAAGUCCCGCUGUUUCUUCCGCGCGACCACGAUCCAGGGCCGCUGUCGCUGGACGAGCAGGACCACUACGACAGCACCGACUCGGACACCGAGACGUCGACGUACAGCAGCAGCGAAGACCAAGACGAUGACAGCGACGGCGGGUUCGAGCAUCGGCGGCGAGUGCCAAUCACCCUUGCUGGGUCCAACGAGCCACCGAGCUCGCCUGCAUUCAUGCUCACCCGGCUGCGGCAGCACCCGUAUGCCCCCAAGACACCCUCGCGGUUCAAUCCGGUGGCAGCGUAUCUGGGGGAGCCUGGCCGUGGCGGCGACGGCACCGUCGGCAUGUUUGGCACCCCUCGGACGCCGAGCCAGUCGAUGCUGAAGAACGUCGUGAUCCAUAGCGCUCUGCGGCUUGCCCAGGCACGCAAUAGCAGCACUAGCGACACCAAGGCUCGGCAAUGCCGCGAGCCGGACGAAGAAACAGUGGAGCAAGUCGGGGGCGAAGAGCCCAUGACGACGUCGCCCUCGGCCCCGACCUCCGCCUCCACCUCUCCACCCACCUCUACCCCCACAAACGAAGGACCCAUGUCGACCCACGAGCUCAGCAUCAGCAGCGAAAGCGACGACGACGAGACUUUGCUGACGAUCCUGGACUGUAAGAACGUGACGAUCGGACGCGGCGAUCGUGUCGUCCGGGCCAACCAGGUCCAGAGCGUUGCUGACCGUCUGGUGGUGAUUGAAACGCCAAGCCGAAAGCACCGUGGCAUCAAAUCCGAGCCCGCCGGCCGACCGACAGCGACGGCGGCAGCGAUUGAGGACGAGGGCAGUGCCGGUGACGAAUCCCUGAACCUGAGGACGGCCAAUGUCUGGAUCGAGAGGACUCCACGGGCAGCCCGGACCACGCCAAGCUCGAGUGCCAACUCGAACGCCGGUCCACAGCAACAGCCACAGGGAAGGGAGGAGGCCGGCGAUCCGGAGCAGAGGCAGCAAAAGUACCAAGACAUGUGGUUCCAGGAAAUGACCGUGCCCGUGCACGAGGCCGACACCAUGCCCGUGUUUUCGCCAUCGGAAUGGCUCGGACGACCGAUGCCCGAGCCAACCUCGCCUCUGAAGGAUAUUCAGCUCAUGAACGGCGUCGAUUUGAUCGAAGACGAAGAGGAGCUCGAUUUCUUGCAUGACCAGGACGACGACGUGCUGUUUGGCGAAGACAGCAGCUUUGUCAAGGCCCUGGAGGAAGAAGGCAACGCGCUGAUGCAGGGAGACGAGACAGCCUACUUCAACUUUUGACGGCCCCCUCAGACAUCGUGCCUGUCGAGAUCAAGAGGAAGGGGGCCCCUCGGCCAUCCGCCGGUGCGGAACCGAGCCCGUGGAUGUGCAUGUGUGUCGGAUCUCAUGAUGAGCGGUUGUGGUCCAUGCAAUUUUUUUGGAGGAGGAGAUCGGGUUCCGGAAAUACACAUUUAUUGGAAAGGAGAAU